UCUCCUUUUUUUUGUGCUAAAACUAUUAAUGAGUCGCUAAUUAAAUUUUAUAAUCAAUGGAUCUCCCACGUUAUUAUUUAUUUUAAUGCAAAUUCAAAACAAAUGCAAAAUUGAAAAGUCAUAGAAUAUAUAAACGGAGAAAAAAAGAAGAAGCCAAUUUAGAAAAUUGCGCGAUUGGAGGGAAAGCCACUAAGAAAAAUAGGAAUAAACACACAUUUAAAGAAGAAGAAGCCAAUCCAAAAAGAAAAAAGAGAGAAUUCCGACAAAAAAAUUCAAUGGCCAUUAACGGUGACGACAAAGUUUCAGAAACAGCUUCAGAUCAGCCUGUUAGAGUCUACGCUGAUGGCAUCUUCGAUUUGUUCCACUUCGGUCAUGCUCGCGCCAUCGAACAGGCCAAAAAAUCGUUUCCGAACACAUAUCUGCUGGUAGGAUGUUGUAACGACAAGAUUACCAACAAGUUCAAAGGCAAGACCGUCAUGACGGAGUCCGAGCGUUAUGAAUCUCUCCGACAUUGCAAGUGGGUCGAUGAAGUGAUUCCAGAUGCACCAUGGGUUCUCACCAUAGAGUUUCUCGAUAAGCAUAAGAUCGACUACGUAGCUCACGAUGCUCUUCCCUAUGCGGAUGCUAGUGGAGCUGGAAACGAUGUUUAUGAGUUUGUAAGUUUCUUCCCUUUGGUUAUCUCUUCUGACUCAUGGUGUUUCUUAGCGGUUUUGGGCUUUGGUUUCUUGCAGGUGAAGUCGAUCGGGAAGUUUAAAGAAACGAAACGAACAGAGGGGAUAUCGACAUCAGACAUAAUCAUGAGAAUAGUUAAAGAUUACAACCAGUAUGUGUUGCGUAAUUUGGACCGAGGAUAUUCAAGAGAAGAACUCGGUGUCAGCUUCGUUAAGGAAAAGAGGCUUAGAGUGAACGUUAAACUGAAGAAACUACAAGAGAAAGUGAAAGAACAGCAAGAGAAGAUACAAACCGUAGCAAAAACUGCUGGGUCUCACCAUGACGAAUGGGUUGAAAACGCUGAUCGUUGGGUUGUUGGAUUUCUUGAAAUGUUUGAGGAAGGUUGUCAUAAAAUGGGAACAGCCAUCAGAGAUGGGAUCCAGCAAAAGCUAUUGAGGCAAGAGUCAGAAGAGAACCGGCGCUUGAACGGCCUGUCAAAUGCCAAGGAGGAACAGAUUUUUGAUGACGCUGGGUUUGCAAAAGGAGAUGAAAACUAUCAUAAUGAUCAUGAAGGUUCCUUAAAUGAGAGCAACAAAAAGAAUAAGAUAGUAAAGAAAUGAGAGAUCUUGGCUAAUGAUUCAAGAAUUUCCACAUCUAUGGCAUUAGUAUUGCUUGUAUUAUGUUCAACUUGUUGUUACUUUCUAAGACUCCCAUGCAGCAGAAGUUAAAGCUGUCACUGAUAUAGAAUAUAUGAUCAAAACACUCAAAAAUGAUAACA